AUGGCUGCAACUGAGACACAAUCAAAGGAGUACAACGGCUGUGGAGGCAACUUGGUGCUGUCAUCCGGAAAGGCUAAGGCUGGUGAUAAGGACCACACGGACUGUUCUCGAAGCACACCAACAACACCAGUGGUUUGGGAUACUGCUGUUUGCAAGAAGCUCCAAGUACCCUACACAUACCGCAAGGUCGCCGCGCUCAUUGUUCACUGGGCCGAUUAUCUGGACACCCAGCUUCCUUGCGGGGACGAGAUACGCGAUUUGCAAGAUGUGUUCACCAAUCAGUAUCACUUCAAGACUAAGACGUUGAUUUUGGACGACAAGAUCAACCCACAACUCAAGCUACGGAGUGGCAUUGACCAAUUCGUCCUGGAAAAUGAAGGUCCGCAUCACUCAAACCUGCUUAUUGUGUACUACACCGGCCAUGGCAGAGAUAGUGGCGCAGAUGGAUUGACCAUCAUUGGUGAACGGCAAAUGGGAUAUUCUGAUUUCUUGGCCUUGUUCAAUGCAAGUGCGAACUGGAAGAGGGCCGAAGAAAGUCUGGUCAACGAGGCGCAUGCUGAUGUCCUUACCAUCUUAGACUGCUGUUGCGCCGGCAGCAUCAUGAAGGGUAAGCCGGCGGAGGAUGCACGGACCUAUGAGGUCCUUGCUGCAACACCCAGAAAGAAAGCCACCGAGGCACCAGGUCCGUUGUCGUUCACUAGAGCGCUCAUUGACGUGCUCAAAGCGUCGGCUGAGAAGCCCGAUUAA